CUCACCUCUAAUCUUCACCCUUUCCCGCGGGCUCCCCUUUCCCUAGUUCCUCUCCCAUCGUCUCCCCUUAAAGAUCUUAUCAUGAAGUGCAGACUCUAGUUUCCACACUGCAGAAGACAACCAGCUACAUCACUAUAUGGAUAUUUAGUGCCGAAACAUAUUUGUUGGAGAAAUGUCUUCAGAGUUAGAAAAGGAUAAACAAAGACUGGCUCAAGCUGCCAUAACAUUCUUCUAUUACAUGAGAGAUCUUUCUUCCUCCAUGAACACAUUUAUUGAGUUAUACAACCAAAGUAUGCAUACCCAGAUCCCCCCAAUAGCUGUGAAAGAAGAUACUAACAUCAAGGAUGUAUGUGGACGGAUGUUCAGCAUAUUGAAAGAGGUGCAGUCUGUAGUGGAUGCACAGCAUAGUAAUAUGCAGAAGGAGCCUUUCUGCUCCAGGAUUGCAACACCCAUGUGUUGCUUGGCUGAGAAGAGUGCCAACCUGCAAGAGUUGCAGCGGUCAGCUAAAGAGAUGCUGCAGAAUGUCCACUCACCAGUCCUUAUCUCUGCGAUGAAGAAUAGUAAUGUCCUGGGGAGCUUGGAGUCUUCUCUGGCCCUCCUGAUGAAAUCCCCCAUCAUGGAUCUUCAGUUAAGUGACUUCCAUAGAGAAGACACGAAGGGGCAAGAAGAUGCCACUGUUUCUCGGAAAACAAUGAAUCCAGACCCUUCUAAAAGCACUGCAGUAGACACUUUGAAAAAACUACAGGAUGCACUAAAAACUGAGAACACCGACAAUCCCAUAGGAUCAGCAGCCGAUCAUUUAGAACAAAUUGUCAAGGCCAUGGAACCAACCUUAGAUGUCCUCCAAAAGUGUAGAAAGACUAUGGAAAUGAGUACUUGCGUACUUAACAAAGUGGAUGGCAAGUAGGGGUAUGACAAAAGAGUUUUCAUUCCUGUCAGAUACCCCAUGAGUUUUCAUACUACUUUGAAAGACAGCCUUUGUGCUAGACAUGGGGUAUGUUAGAACAUAAGUGCAGACAGUAGUCAAUUGGCAGCCACUUGUAGUUUUUGCAGUGUUAAAAUAAAAAGAAAGAAUGAAAGU